UGAUUUUUUCAAUGGCAAAGAUGGCGAGUAUCAAGAAGCCCUGAUCAUCAUCGUACCAGGAGUCCUGUCCACAUAGAAAGUAGUAAAAAGCGAGAAAAGAGCGUAUCUGACACAAAAGAAGAGAAGAACGAGUCGGAUCACCUGGAUGUCUUAAUGGAAGAAGAUUCUCAGAAACUGGUUGGGGAAGAUGAAGUAGAGGACGAAGAAGUAAAAUCAGCCUGGGUACGCUCAGCUCCAGCUGACCUGUACUACCAACGAGAUGAUAAAAACCCACUAGUGAUGCGAGCAACAAAAAAAUUAAUACAACUGUGUGACUCUGUUGAGGAUAAAUUGAUAAGAAGAGGAGUUCGACUUCGAGAAGAAAAGAAAAAACAAAGAGAAGAAAAGGCACAAAAAGAGCAACAGUCACUUGCUUGCAGCAACAUCCAAAGUGAUAAUAAUAGAAAUGAAAAAAAAGUACUAGUUGAAACCGAAAAAGAAAAUAUUGCACAGAACCAAAAAGUUAAUAACAGUAAGGAAGAGAAUGAAGUGUGUAGAGAUAAUUGUGGUCAGGAUAUUGAAGCUAUUGUGAAUUGUGAUGGUGAUACAGAAAUAAGUUUAGCUAGAGAUGGUGAAAAUGAUGAACAAUUCACCAGCCAUAAAAUUGAACAACAGCAGGAUGAGAGCCAGUGUGACAUAGCACUCUCAGAAACAGUAAGGAAGUGCACUCAUACACAUAAAAAGAAGCACAACAAGUUGGAUGGUGGUUGUAGUACCUCAGAAAACUGCGAUAGUAGUAGCAGCAGUAAUGACAGUGACAGUGAUAGCGGCUCAAGCAGUGAUGAAGAUGAUGAGAGUGAGAUGGACAGAAUAUCCAAAGAACUUGAGAAGAAACGUAGUCAUCCAGAUCGUUUACAUCCAGAGUUAUGGUUCAACGACCCAGGGGAGAUGAAUGAUGGCCCAUUGUGCCGGUGCUCCUUAAAGGCUCAGCGGUCAGGAAUCCGCCACGGUUAUUAUGUCGGGGAAGGUAAUUUGCCAGUAUGUGACCCGUGGACAAACAAUGCAGAUCGUCUUCACCAUUAUCUCAUCACUAUAUCCCCACCCACAAACUUUCUGAUCAAGACUCCAACUGUGAUUGUGCAUGAUGGCCAUGAAUUCAUUUUUGAGGGUUUCUCCUUGUUGUCACAUCACCCACUUGAAGAAGUGCCAACAUGUCGGGUUAUUCGCUUCAACAUCGAAUACACUAUUUUAUAUUUGCAAGAGAAAAUACCUGACAACUUUUGUAUCCAAGAACUUAAUAUAUUCUAUUCAUACCUUUUUUUAGAACUCCUGGAACUUGUUGACUUAAAUCUUCAUGCAAUGGGUGAUGCAGGAGGCUGUCCAAGAUUCCAUUUUAUGCCAAGAUUUGUGAGGAAACUUGCAGAUAAUGGCAAGGAAAUUCUGUCAAUGAAUGAAGUUUUAAGCUUCAUGUUAAAGAACAGUGGCCCUCUAAUACAGCCUGAAGAUCUAGCACAGCUUCUUAGUAUGUCUCAGUACCAAUGGCAGAACUAUGCAGAUCAUCUUAAAGGUAAGUCUCCUCACACCUUACUUCAACUAAAUACAGUGACACUAUCAUUUACUGAGGAGAUAAUCAAGGAAUGAAUAU